GAUCCUCACCAGGAGAGGAAAGCCUUAUGAAAGCUCCCUGACGUCAGCCUGGGAUUCCUGUUAUGCUGGGAAAGCAAGAGCAAGUUUCCAGUGAGUGCACUUUCAGCCUCUGCCGGGUGCAGGAUCUCUCUCUCCAAACCUCACACACCAUCCAUGGAGCUGAAGUGAAGUGAAGAGACCUUUUGGUGAAGGAGAGGGUUUAAAGGGACCACCUUGCUGAUUGUGUUUAACGCUCUGAGAUCUGUCUGCAUCAGUCACUGCCAGAGGAGACAUGUCACAGAUGGGAACGUGAACAGCCACAGUAAGAGCCAUCGAUGCACUGGUGGGAGACCUUAGACCCUACAGAAGAAGGACCAGAGGACCCAUCUGCAUCGUGAGUCCCAAAUCUCUCUUAACCUGUUCCCCAUCUCUGUAAACUGCAACAUUUCAACAAUAAAACGCAGGGUUCUUUUAGCUCUGCUGAGCUGUAGUUCUAACGCAGAUCUGCACAGGCAUCAGUGGAUUGAGAUAUGUCUCAUAACAUCUUCUCCUGUGGACAUCAUUGAUCUAAAUGCAACCCUCUGUAUGCUUUAUUUUAAUUAACCCUGAUAGAAAAAUAAAAUAGAAAGUUUUGGAAUCUUUAGAAGCGACUCUUUAAGUCCAAGAUGAUCGGGAGCUCAAGCUUUAAGGAUCUGAAUGGAUCUGAAUCCAGUGAUGACUCCGAGGUAGAAAUUAUAGUGAAUGUUGGGGGGGUAAGGCAAGUUCUCGAUGGAGAUAUACUGAAUAGAUACCCCGAAACCAGACUGGCCGAGUUGGUCAAUUGCUUAGCUGGAGGCUAUGAUGCCAUCUUCUCCUUGUGUGAUGACUAUGACCCAGGGAAGAGGGAAUUCUACUUUGAUAGGGACCCUGAUGCUUUUAAAUGUAUCAUAGAAGUAUAUUACUAUGGAGAGGUCCAUAUGAAAAAGGGAAUAUGCCCCAUAUGUUUUAAGAAUGAAAUGGAGUUUUGGAGAGUGGACCUGGGGUUUUUGGAUGAGUGCUGCAAAAGCCACCUGAGCGAGAAGAAAGAAGAACUAGAGGAGAUAGCAAGGAGAGUUCAGCUGAUAUUGGAUGAUCUGGGAUGUGACACCUCAGAGAGCAGGUGGAAAAGAUUUCAGAAAUAUGUCUGGAAGUUCAUGGAGAAGCCUGAAUCCUCUUAUCCAGCCCGAGUUACAGCUGUCCUAUCCUUCUUUUUCAUCCUGAUCUCCUCAGUGGUGAUGUGUGUGGGGACCAUACCUGAGCUACAGGUGGAAGACGCAGAGGGGAACCAUGUGGAACACCCAACAUUGGACAACAUUGAGACUGCCUGCAUAGGUUGGUUCACCUUGGAAUAUCUGCUCAGGCUUAUGUCAUCCCCCAAUAAAUUACAUUUUGCCCUCUCCUUUAUGAACAUCAUUGAUGUGCUGGCUAUACUCCCCUUCUAUGUGAGCCUCAUUUUAACUCACUUGGGUGCAAGAAUGAUGGAGCUAACUAACGUCCAGCAAGCUGUCCAGGCUCUCAGGAUCAUGAGAAUUGCAAGGAUUUUCAAGCUAGCCCGACACUCUUCUGGACUCCAAACAUUAACCUAUGCCCUCAAGAGCAGUUUUAAGGAGCUUGGACUACUCCUGAUGUACCUUGCUGUGGGUAUAUUUGUCUUCUCAGCCUUGGGAUACACCAUGGAGCAGAGUCACCCAGACACUUUGUUUAAAAGCAUCCCUCAGUCUUUCUGGUGGGCAAUUAUCACUAUGACCACAGUUGGAUAUGGGGAUAUUUACCCCAAAACCACAUUGGGAAAACUCAAUGCUGCCACCAGCUUCCUUUGUGGAGUGAUAGCUAUUGCCCUACCAAUUCACCCCAUCAUCAACAACUUUGUCAAGUACUACAACAAGCAGAGAGUUUUGGAAACUGCCACCAAACAUGAACUUGAUUUGAUGGAGCUUCACUCGGGAGGAGGUAUACUUGGGUGUUCCAGAGUUGACUCUGGAAGUUCUGAUCAGGAUGGGAGAGGACUCUCUGGCUAUAAGCAUCUCAGAUUGUCACACAGUGAUACAUUCAUCCCAGGUUUAUCAAAGGAGAAACAGCACAGGACAAGGCUUCAAAGCUGCAAAUAAUAACUGCUGUGGGUCCAAGAUAUUCUGAACAGCGGAUGGACCUCUGAUUGUAAUAGUGAGGCUUCUACCUUCUAAUCUGAUAUACUGUAACAGCCACUAAAACAAAUACAGAACUGGAACUAUGUAAUUGGCAAACCUUUGUCUGUGUGCCAAUGAUAUGGUAUGUAAGAUAUCUAUAUGUCCAUAUUAAAUGUGGAAGGUUGUAACAUGUUCUUUUUCGAAGUCACACAGAAGCAGUAAUGGUUUUUCCUUUAUAAGAAAAAAUACUAACACUGAUCUUUUCCAUUACAGGGAUUUUAUCUUAAUAAAUCAAUACUGUAAUUUUAGGCA